UCCUCUUAUAUUAGUCAAUGACCCACUGAACCCUCUUUCCCUUUCUAAUCACUCCUAUUCCCAUGCAUGCCCGGAAACAUAUGCAAACACACAUGCAUACAUGUACACAUACAAACGGCCACACCAACACAGACAGAGUUAGAGAGAAAACAUAAAACAAGAAGGAUUUUUUUUCUUGCAAUGGGCAACUCUGUAAAGUCGCUUAAAAUUUUCACCAAGAAGGUAAGGUCCGACCAGAAGAAGAACUACAAAGCAGUGCAGUCCUGUGAGGAGGGGGGCUCUGGGGGGGCCUAUCUUGAGCCGCUAGUGGCCCUGGCCCAGAACGGAGCCAACAUGCACAACGUGCUGGGGCCUGCGUGCAUCUUUCUACGCAAGGGCUUCGCUGAGAGCCGGCAGGCUGACCGAGAGCUGAGGCCAGAAGAAAUGGAUGAGCUGCGUGAGGCGUUCAAGGAGUUCGACAAAGACAAAGAUGGGUUUAUCGGCUGUAAAGACUUGGGGAAUUGCAUGAGAACAAUGGGCUACAUGCCAACAGAGAUGGAGCUGAUAGAACUGAGCCAGCAGAUCAACAUGAACUUGGGAGGACAUGUUGACUUUGAGGACUUCGUUGAGCUCAUGGGGCCCAAACUUCUGGCUGAAACUGCAGACAUGAUUGGGGUGAAAGAGCUGAGGGAUGCCUUCAAGGAGUUUGACACGAAUGGUGACGGCCAGAUCAGCACAGCAGAACUUAGAGAAGCAAUGAAAAAACUUUUAGGACAACAGGUUGGACACAGGGAUCUGGAGGACAUCCUUCGUGACAUUGACCUCAACGGAGAUGGCCACGUAGACUUUGAAGAAUUUGUGCGGAUGAUGUCUCGAUGAGUUCCUGACGUGUUAAAACACGAUGUGGAUUCUCUGUUGGUGCGGGAGGAAGAGGAGGGAGACCGGCACAGACUACUGAUGGAUUUUGAACUUCUGAAUUGAACAAAAAAACAAAAAACAUAUCAGCCCUGCCCUGAAACUGCCAUGCUGAAGCACAAAGGCUGACGACUACAGCCUGGAGCAACACUGUUGAUUACACGCUGCUGCUGUUUCUUAGAGCAUAAACAAAACCAACAGCUGCAUUUCUGACUUUUACAAAGUAUAUUUUAAAAGGCGUAUUUUCCAUCAGGAACAAUAACCUUUCUAAUGCUGAUGUGGCUGUUCACUCAAUGGGUAAAGAGUAAUGCGAGUUAUUUUUCUCAGACGAUAAUAUGUAGCAAUUAAGAAGACAUGUUUUCAAAGACAGCAGUAUGCCAGCAAACACCCAAACCAAUACAGCACGUUAUUUCUAUAAUGCUGAGGACAUCUUUAGCACAAAUACAAUAUGGCAAUACGGAAAUAUUUCAUGUGAUCCUGUCAAAGCUGUGUGUUUGUGUUUUGUGCAUACUGUUGUUUCUCUCCACCUUAUACUGUAGAUUUAUAACGUCCCUUAAGACUAUUGUCAAACCCUGGUUAAGACAAGCCAGUAUUUGUUUUGUAUGUGUAACGUAGCACCAAUGCAGUUCUUCUGACUUUGAUAACAUUAUGCCUCUCUUACUGUGAUAUAUAUGUAAUUUUCAGUGUGCAUAAGGCCCUUCAGCUGCAAAGAGUUAUUGAAGGAAACCCUCUCUAGGUACAGUGAGUUGCUAAUCUUGACGACUGUGAUAGGCCUUUUUAAUUACUUGUAUGCUUUACUAAUUCUGAAACUUACUCUGCGUUUCAGUUGGACAGAUCAUCUCUACCUUAACUCACAUUGGUUGAUGAUCAACAGAGUGUUAAAACUAUACAUGUCAGUGCUUUAAUUUCUAUCAGAGAGCUUUGUUUGUUUAUUGGGGUUUUGUGAGUCUAGUCCUGAAGUGAUUUUCACUUCAACAUUUACACUUUUAACUUUAAUACCUCAAAAUGAAUUGAACAAUCAACCUCAUCCACAAACUGCCCCUAUAGCAUAAUCUUAAUACCAAUUUCUUUACCCUCCUACCUUCAUUAUCUGUAUUUGUAGAGAAGCAGCAUUAGCUUCUUUAUGCAAAAAGCCAAAGAAAGUUUACAGAAAUAUUAUUUGAGUCUUAUUCAGUGUAGUAAGUGUACGCAGUAUGUUUAAGAUAUAUCAUCCACUGGAUUAUAUUUUCAAAAGGGAUUCUUGAAAUGCUGGUUUGGUUCCCUGGGCAGCUAAAUUAUUGGUUGACUGUUUUUGGAUGGACAUGGGGGUAUAUGCAUGCUAUGAAGUUAAGAUAUUCUU